GUGUGUGUGUGUGUGUGUGUGUGUACACUCGAUGAACCUUGAGAGGUGUCUGUCGUAGGCCUUGGGUUUAAGUGAGGUCAUCAUGCCGACAUGCUUGUUGCUGCUGCCGGCACUCCCAGACUUAAGUAGCUGGAAUUGUGGGAAAAGAUGAAACGAGAGACGGCACUUCAUAAACUGCAGCAUGUGUGUGCGUGCGUGCAAACGUACGCCUUUGUGUGCGUUUAUCUUGAUAUAGAUCCCUCCUCUCUCCCUCUCUCCCCUCUCUCCGUUCUCCGCCGUCCUCUGGCCGGCCACACAGCGGGGCUCUCGGCUCUGGAGCAGUCUGCUGCCUUAUCAUCCGCGGAUCCCCACUUCGGUGCUGCCGACAUGCUGCCAGCUGCCUGCCCUCCAUUCUCCCAUGGUAUCACCUCCUUAUAACAAAGGCAUCGAGUUAAAGAGAUGCGUUGACUUAAUUCACUUUUUUUCUCUGACGAGGGCUCGCAUCUGUCUUGAUUAUCUCUUUCUCCGGAUCUUUUGUCUGCAGACGGCGGCCGGGCUGUAUGAUCCUCCGCCGUGGUAACAGAUGCGCUGGCCGACUGAUGUUCCUAGUGGGGCCCUGAAAUCCCCCCCACCCCUCCCUCCGGUUCAGAGUAUAGGCAUCAGGGGAAGUCAUCAAUCAUGGCCAGACAAGACACCUCGCACUUCCUCCACGGCUUCGACCUCAGCGCCAACUUUGUCGACAUCAGGCCCCUCGGCGCCGGUGGUACCGGGCUGGUUCUGUCGGCCAUGGACCAGCGCACCGGACGUCGCGUGGCCAUCAAGAAGUUGGCCAUGCGUGAUGCCGUCACGGUGAAGCACGCGCUAAGGGAGGUGAAGAUCACCCGCCGGCUGCAUCACGAAAAUGUGGUCCGGGUACACGAGGUCCUGGCACCCCAUGGACGACCGCCUGUAAGGGACCCAGCCCAGCUUGGCGCCCUAUACGUCAUCCAGGAGUGCAUGGAGACAGAUUUGGCUCGGCUGCUGGAGCAAGGAGCGCUGUCGACAGGUCACGCCACACUGCUCUUCUACCAGCUCCUGCGGGGCCUCAAGUUCAUCCACUCAUCCAACGUGCUGCACAGAGACCUGAAGCCUGCCAACAUUUUCAUCAACACUGACCAACUGCUGCUCAAAAUCGGAGACUUUGGACUGGCCCGGAUAGUUGAUCCCCACUAUUCUCAUAAGGGCUACCUGUCCGAGGGUCUGGUCACCAAGUGGUAUUGUUCUCCUCGUCUGCUGCUGUCCCCGAACAACUACACAAAGGCGAUAGACAUGUGGGCUGCGGGCUGUAUCCUGGCUGAGAUGCUCACUGGACGCAUGCUCUUUGCAGGUAACGUCUGA